AGCAGGGGUUCCCGGCUCACUGGAGGUGGUGCCUCUAUUACUAAGGAGCAUCCAGCUGAAGACAAUAACUACAACUUGGCUCUGUUCAUAGGCAGAGGGAGAAAAUAUUAUUUGGAGGGGCUGAGUAAAACUUAAACUUAAAAUUACUUCUACACACAUACACAUACACCCUCCGCCCCAGCAGAGUUGAUAGACAUAGAGAUGAAGGCUGCAAUGUUGCUGGUGGGAAGCCAAGGAAUCAUUUCUGUCACUGAGGUUAUCAUCACCUCCAUUAUCUUCUGCCUGAUUGUCAUCAUCAUCAGAUCCUUUCAGCAACAGAUCCCCCAUGGGCUGAAGAGAAUCCCUGGACCCAGGGGAUACCCCCUGAUAGGCAACAUGCUGGAGGUGGGGAGGAACCCACACCUGUCACUGACUCAGAUGAGCCGGAAGUAUGGAGACGUGAUGCAGAUACGGAUUGGCACCAAACCUGUGCUAGUCCUGAGUGGGCUGGACACCAUCAGACAAGCCCUAGUGAAGCAAGGGGAGGACUUCAUGGGACGUCCUGAUCUCUACAGCUUUCGCAAUGUUGCAGACGGUGAGAGCUUGGCCUUCAGUACUGACUCAGGGGAGGUGUGGAGAGCCCGAAGAAAGAUAGCCCAGAAUGCCCUGAAGACCUUCUCAGUCUCGCCCAGCCCCACCACCUCUUCCACCUGCCUCGUGGAAGAGCACGUCUCCACAGAAGCAGACCACCUCAUCAUAAAGUUACUGCAAGUGAUGACGGAGCAGGGGAGUUUUGAUCCCUGUCAGUACAUGGUGAUCUCUGUGGCCAAUGUCAUCUGUGCCAUGUGUUUUGGCAAGCGACACAGUCACAAUGACCAAGAACUGCUCAGAAUAGUGAACAAGACUGAGGAGUUUAUAGAAGUGACAGCCUCUGGGAACCCAGCAGAUUUCAUCCCAGUGCUUCAGUAUCUGCCCAGCCAGUCCCUGAAGAAGUUUAAGGAAUUCAAUUACAGGAUCCUCAGUUACCUUCAGAAAAUGGUUAAAGAGCACUAUGAGACCUUUGAGAAGGACAACAUUCGAGACAUCACUGACUCACUGAUUGAAGAGGCAAAAAAAGCAGAAGCAAAUGUCAACAUUCAACUCCCUAAGGGAAAGAUUGUCAACCUUGUCAAUGACAUUUUUGGGGCUGGGUUUGACACUGUGACAACUGCUUUGUCUUGGAGUCUUAUGUAUCUUGUGAGUUAUCCCGACAUUCAGAAAAGGAUUCAAGAAGAACUAGACCAGAACAUUGGCAGAGAGAGAAGACCCAGGCUUGCAGAUAGAUCCAUGCUUCCAUACACGGAAGCUUUUAUUUUAGAGAUGUUCAGACAUUCCUCCUUCCUGCCCUUCACAAUCCCACACUGCACAACCAGAGACACCAUAUUGAAUGGGUACUACAUCCCAAAGGAUUUAUGUGUGUUUAUCAACCAAUGGCAAGUCAAUCAUGAUGAGAAGAUUUGGAAAGACCCAUCUACCUUCAACCCAGAACGUUUCCUCAAUGCUGAAGGGACUGAAGUAAACAAGACAAAUGGUGAGAAGGUGCUGGUCUUUGGUUUGGGAAAGAGGAAGUGCAUUGGUGAGUCCAUUGCCAGAUGGGAGAUCUUCCUCUUCUUGACCACCCUGCUGCAGCAGUUGGAGUUCAACGUAUGUGAUGGAAAGAAGGUGGAUAUGACCCCUCAUUAUGGACUGACAAUGAAGCAUACGAGAUGUGAGCACUUCCAGGUCAAGCAGCGCUUCCCAAUGAAGAGCUCCCAGUGACCUACAGGAACAUUAAUCUUUAGGAGA